UCCACAGAACCACACUGGACGAAAAAUCUGUAAAAUUCGAGUCCCAGAAGAAGGUCCCAAACGGACCGAAACGUCGGACAAGAUAAAAUAGCAGUUUUUUUUUUAUUUUUGUCAAGACUGGCAAGCCAUCCUCCGAGAGUAAAAAUUCGACAGUCGAAAAUAGUCAACGAAUUCCCUAUGGUAUACUUGGAGGAAUUAUCGAUGGAAGUGCUAAAUAAAUUCUCAAUGGGACUCCUGGAGAAGUUUUCAAUGGAACUUCUGUAGGGACCCCCAAAAGGAUUCCUUAAAGCAUUCCAUUUGAAUACCUGAGGGAAUUUCCAAAGAAACUCCCGAGAGACCUCCUAGCUAGAGGAAUUCCCGGAGGAUAUCUUUGAGGAAAUCUGCAUGUAGCUGCUAAAGGAACUCCCGACGGAACUUCUAGAGGAAUUCCCGAGCACUUGGAGGAAUUCCAGAAUAUCUGAUGGAACUCUAGAAGCAACUUCUUUAGUUAACCCCAACGGAACUCCUCAAGGAAAUGCCUGAUUGUUUCCAAACCUCUGAUUCAUCAAUGGAAUGUGACCUAAACCAUUGUUGUUUGGCAGGAAAAUAUUAUGUUAUAAGCUUGUCUGUCAUAAGCGGCAAAAUAAUAAAUAUCAUAACAAAAAAAUGUUCCUAGAAGAAUAAUUCAAUAACAUGUUUUGUUAGAUCAAUUACAACUUAAUAACAGGAAAUUUUUGAACUUGUUACUGUUGUGUUAUUCUUCAUCACAUAUACCAGAAUAAUAACUAAACAUGUUCUACAGCAAAAUAUAUUAUUAAAAUGUUAUCUUGUGGAUAUAUCCCAAAAAUUCGAAUAUAACAAAAUAAGAUUGCCCAACAAAACAUGUUAUUAAAAAGAUAUAUUUUGAUAAGUUAACAAUAACAAAUAAUGACAUAAAAACAGGCUAUGCGAUUCUGUUGUUUUCAAUUUGCUAUUCUCCUCUGCUCGGGUUCCUUGACCGUGGUACUUGUCUCAAGUACAUGUACUGGUCAGCCUACCAUAAGAGUCAUUCUCGUUCUUGAUUUUCCAUAGCUCUGAGCGGUCUAUAUUGUCGUAUGCCACAUUGAAAUCGAUGAUCAGAUGAAAGGGCUCGGAAGUUCUCCCAGUUCAAAGGUUCACCUUUCUUGUGAAUGUGAGAAACUACCCCCUAUUUCUAUAUUUCUGUAAGCUGUUCGGUUUCCCAGAUCCUGACUGUUAAUCGGCGCAGACCGGUGGAUAACAUAUCUGGGCCCAUCUUGAUGACUUCAGCCGCAACGCCAUACAUAUCAGCAGUUUUGUUGGUUUUGAGCUGGUGUAUGGCAUCCUUGCUUCCCCCGGCGCAGGAGUUGGAUAACUUCCGUGCUCUGCUGCACUUACGUCAUGGUUUCCUCCUCCUUGGUCCCCCAUGUCUUGGUCCCUUUUGCAUACGCUCUUCACGCCAUUCAGGUGCUUAUCGAAGUGCUGCUUUCAUCUAUCAAUGACUUCACGUUCAUCUGUCUAGAGGCUCUCGUCUAGCCCUUAUCUCUGCACAUCUUGGAUUGUGGCAAGAAGCCGUUAUGGAAUGCGUUCUGAUAGAACUUCCUGGUUUCUUGGGAAUCAGUUCCAUGUUCUCGCGAGGCGUUUCUUCCCUGCUGUGUUUAUUUUUUCGCCUGACAAAGGCGUUUCAACUUCUUUGCAUCGUUUAAAGUUCUGUCGGGUUCCAUACUGCAGCAUUACCGUCUACUCUGCGUUCUUCUCCUUCAAAAUUUGCUCUGUUCGACGAGAAAAACCGUUGAGAUCUAACUAUAAAUGAGGCUGUGUUGAAGGAAGGCCAUCUAGGAGGUAAAAUCGAUGAGUCGUUGGCCAUUUUCGUUCGUAUGUUUGUGUGCACUGAACUGCUGAAGUUGAAGAAUCUUCCCUUGAUCCUCGACCUGACCAUUCUAUCGUCGGUCGCUCACCAUCCGAUAACGCGUCACUGGAUAUCGCCCAUCAGAAUGAAUUUGUUCCCAACUCGUCUGUGUUGUCGCAAGUUUGAUAGUUGAUGAUUGCCUCCAAAUGUUCACACAAAGGAUCUUGUCCGACACACCUCCUGCAGCGAUCUUUCAGUGGAUCGGCGAGUAUGCGGGAGCUCCCGAUGAGGGUAAGAGAUCUGCAGCUCCACGUACCGAUCGUGCAAUCGCAAGUCAAUUUUCUUCGCUGGGGUCGGGACUGGGAACGCCACCAAACAUUCAUGAAGGCCGUGGUGCACAGUUGAGCUUAGAGUCCUUAAAGUCAGACGUUGAUGAGCCGCCUCUGGCAUGAAGAACUAACGCUACUGUGAGUCACUCUGCUGGAGAACAAACAGUCAGUCUUACAGGAGCUUCGCUGAAGCAACACCCCUACGCAACUUAAGAGCAGUGAAAUUAAUCGUGAAUAGUAACAUCACUUUUAAUUCAAGCCUUGAUGUAGAGUCUCACUACAUAUUUAUACGGUAUAAGAUGUAUUCCGAUGACUACCAGUAUAUGAAGCACUGAUUAUGUGAAGUGAUAGGUCCAGUACCAGCAAGCUCUUAGCUCACUGUCCAAUUGCGGGGAAUCACAUUUCAAUGUAAAUGCAUACAUACUCGCUGCCUUCCAUUUCUCACACAUCCAAACAAGAACAAUCUCCAUUCUGCAAUUCCCAAGCCUUGAAAGAAUGCUACCUACAAACGGGUCCACUAAUCAUCCACCUCGAUCGUCGUCAUCGCAUCUCUGGAACCUUGACCAUUGCGAUCCGCGCAGUAUGUUUCUAAAGUUCAUUAAAACUUGCCGCUACCAUCCCAUCGUCGUCGUCGUCAUCGUUUUCGCCAGUCAGCCAGCCAGUUUGUCGAAAGGAACUGCGAUGAAAUUGCUGCUGCUACUGAUAAUGCCGGUUCGUGCCGCUCGGAUUACGACUGGCAUCGCAUUAUGGUGGAUUUUAACGAGCCAUUGCAGCUGGCAAUUGGAACUGGAUGAAUCGGCGGCGGCAUCAGCGGCGUCAGCAUCCGGUUUCGGAUACGAGCUGUUGAUUGCCCAAAUGGAGCUUCUGGAGCAAAAGAUAGUCGCUUUGGAGCUGGCCGUGAGUGAACUGAAAGCGGAGCGAAGGACAUGUCCUAGCGUGGGGACGAGUGAGGUGCGGACGGAAGAAACGGAGGAUCAGAGUCCGGGGUAUAAAUCCUGCAGUGAUGCUCCAGUGCAGAUACCGGGGUUGGUGCAGCUGAAGCCGCCCGGCGGGCCUGUCUUUGAAGCGCUCUGCGAUUUCAUCAAUUUCGGUGGAAACUGGACUAUCAUUCAGCAUCGAUUUUUCGGAGGCGUUGAUUUUUAUCGCACUUGGGACGAGUACAAAACGGGUUUCGGAGAUUUGCGAGGCGAGUUUUGGUUGGGGUUGGACAAAAUCCAUCGGAUAACGAACUCUGGGAGUUUCGAAAUAAUGUUCGUUCUUGUUGAUUGGGAUGCAAAAAUGCUACUUGCCUCAUAUGAUUCGUUCAAAAUUGGUGGGGAGGAACAAGGAUUCGCUUUAGAAGAAUUGGGAGCUUUCAAGGGAUCAGCUGGUGAUUCGUUCAGCUAUCAUAAGGGGAUGAAAUUUACCACACAUGAUAGAAAAAAUGAUAAUAUUUCGGGAAGUAACAACAAUUGUGCUGUUACGUUUCAUGGUGCUUGGUGGUACAACAACUGCCAAACCAGUAACCUGAACGGACGUUAUAGCGGGGCAGGGGAGUCAACCUGCUGGAACACUCACAAUCCACCGAAGUAUGCUUGGUGCAAUGGGUUCAGUAGCACAAAGAUUAUGAUCAGAAAGAAAACAGAGAAACAAAUCUGAUUAAUUAGGAAUAUUAGACUAUGCGGUUAGUUACGAGAAAAGUGUGAAUACGUUACCAAUUCAGGUGAAGGCUUUCGAAAUAAAUACAAGAUGAAGAAAUUCUAUACUGCCUAGUAUACUGCUUUUUUUCUUACCUCAUGAAGAAUUUCAUCUAAUUCUAUCUGAAGGAGAUUUGACGGAGAUGAUCAAGUCGCCUCGUAGCAAAGAAGCGCCAGUCUAGUGGAUUGGGAGUCGUGGGUUCGAGUCCCACCGGAGCACGUGGAUUUCUUUUCACAAUUCUAAUAUCAAUUUGUUCAUCAAACACGUGCUUCCGUUGUCGUGCAUGAAUGUCAGAGCAAUCAAACGUUGUAUUUUCCACUUGGCUUGGUUCGCCUAAGCAAGAAUCAAGAAAUCACUAUUUUUUCAAUAUUCUAAGUUUUUAUUGAAUACAGGGAAUAGACAAAAGUAUCGGGUCAAGCUAAAUUGUCUCUUUUGAAAAAAGGUCAACUAGUUGUACUUUUUUUUCUUAAGUGCAUCAAAAACGCAUUCCGGAAUUUCGUCUGUCAGUUCAUCAACUAGUUGUAUAACAAUGGUUUAAAUUUCGGAAAGGUAGGACUAUUACACCAGAGGUGGAAAACAUUCUAGUAAACAACAAUAUUAUCGCAUUGCCAACUUUAAGCUGUUAUAUCUGCGAAUUCAAUAAACUGAUUCACCACCAUGUUAAGCUUUCAAAAAACUUUGACAAAGGGAAACUGGAAGCAUUUCCUCAUUUUUAGGUUUUUAAUUUUCUAUCAAACAACGGCGCAAUAUUUUCAAAAUCGGUUUCGAUACAUACUUAAAAGAAGGAUCGAGGUAUCUCAUGAUUUUUUUCCUGGUGGAAAAAGUUUUUCGCUUUUCCAAAAACCAUAUUUCUAGACAUUUUGUUUGAAAUUGGUUUUUGCAAAAGUGAAAAACAUUUUCCACCAGAAAAUAAAUUCUGGAAAUACAUUGAAAAUGUGUUUUACUGAAAAAAUACAGUAAUUCGAUUAUUUUUGUUAUGCUCCUGAGAUUGCUUUAGAAAAUUCAUAGUUUCCUUUAGUAUUUUCUCCAAAGUUGUUAGAGCUCCUUUAUAUAACCUUCCUUGAUUAAUUUCCGAAAAACCGCUCCAUGGAUUUCUUUAGAAAAUCUUCCUCGAAUUUCUUUAAAAAUUUCUUUAAGAACAUUUCCCAUUAAUUGCUUAAGAAGUUCCUUAAGGUUUUCUUAAAAAAGGGUCCCCUUUGUUUUUGUUUUCAAGAAUUUCUCUGGAAAGGCUUCUAUGGUUUUUUUUCAGAAAUUCUUCCACGGAUUCUUCAAACAAUCCGUAAGAGACUUCCUACAAGAAAUGCUCUCGGCGAUACCUGUUAUGCUUUGGCCAUGCAGUCUUAAGGGGAAUGGAAAACGCUAUUUUUUUUUUUAUUCCGAACGUUUCGGUCCGUUUGGGAGCCUUUUCAAGGGUUCAAUCUUAAGGUUUUUGGUCAAAAAACAGUUCUGCUGAUCUUAAAAAGUCAUACGUUCGUCAAGGUUUAGUUUUGGUCCAAUCUAGAAUGACCCAUCGCGAUACGGACAAACUUUCUUCCAACAGCGGUCUGAAAUUCUGGCUCAAUCUUCACGAUCUUCCACCAUUACUGGAAGCUCUUCAGAAAUUCACAGAAAUUCCUUCAGGAGUAUUUCCUGAGAAUUCUACAGGGAUUCUUCUGGAAGUUUUCUGGCCAAAAAUUCCAUCUGGGAUUCUUUCAGAAAUUUCCGCUUUUAUUGCUAAAAAAAUCCUUCAGGGAUUUCGCUAGAAAUCUUUUUAGAAAUUUCACCAAGCGAAUUGAAAAAAAAAUUCCAUGGAGUUUUUCCAGAAAGUCCUCUUAACAUUUCUUAAAGAUAAAGAUUCUACAGAGAUAUUUCCGGAAUUUCUUGAAAAUUGCUCCGUCAAAAAUAUAUCCUGGGGUUCCUGCAAAGAUUCCAAAUGGAAUAUCUUUGAUAUUCCUUCACAGAGUCUCCCAGCAAUUUCACGAAAAAUACAGGACUUCUUCUUCUUUAUGGCUCUACGUCCCCACUGGGACUUGGCCUGACUCGCUUCAACUUAGUGUUCUUUAAGCACUUCCACAGUUAUCAACUAAAGGGCGUAAUUUGCCUGCCAUUGCAUGAAUUUGUAUAUUGUGAGGCAAGUACAAUAAUACACUAUGCCCAGGAAGUCGUCAAAAUUUUCCCGACUGGAACGGGAAUCGAACCCGCCGUUUCCGGAACCACUAGACUAACUGGAGACCCCAAGGGAUUUUUUUUAGACAAUCCUCCAAUGUUUUCUUAAGAUAUUCGUGUAUGAAAUACAGGAGGAAUUCUUGAAAAAAAAACCUUGAAAGAAUUUCUAAAUAAAUCAUUAGAGGAUUGUCUGAAAAAAUUCCUCAAAAACUCCUGGUGAUACAGGUCGGAGUCGGUCAUCCGGAGUCGGGUUCUGAAAGUAAUGUUGGAUGAAGCUGAAAUUUUGAGUUUUUGUCAAUCUAACUUUGAUAUGUAAUCAGUCAAAAUGUCUGCAUUGUACAGCAUUCCGUUCGCCAGAUAUAUGUUUGUGAAUCUUCUAAACCUGACUCCGGAUAGUCCGACCUGUACCUAGAUUCAAAGAAGAAAUUCUUGAAAAUUGUCUGGAAAGAUUCCUGGACAAGAAUUCAUCAAGCAAUUUCUAGAUAAUCAGCUAGAAAAAUGUCUGGAAGAAUACAUGAAAAAUGCCUCCUUUAUUCCUAGAAGAAAAAAUCAUGGAAAUUUUCUGGAAGAAAAACUAUUUCAGAAAUUUUGGAAAUAAUUCCUGGAGAUAUUCGCAAAGAAAAAGUGCAUUUAUGAGGUAUGAAUUGAAGGUUGGUUCAAUAAGUAAAUCUGGCGAAGUAAAAACUGAACGACGAUUAAGAACAAUUCGACUAGCUGCUGGUUUGAUGCGGUUGCCUUCGUCGUACGCAAAAUGAGAAAAAUUGGCAACUCGUAAGUGGAGUUAUAUUGAAACGUGAAAUUUGGCGAAAUUAUUCGAUUUCCAGUACUAAACGGGCUGGUUAUUAAUAGUCUACAUAUUUUUGCUUUCAUAUGAUGAUCGAUUGGCAAAGGUAAGUUUGAAUAUCUUCUAUUAUUGGCUAUAUGACAGGAAUUAGUGCAUAUGACGAAGUAGAUUUUAUUCCGUACAACAAUGUAUUGACAGGAAAGGUUUUGAGUUCCUGCUUUUGAUAGAUCUUUGAAAGCAUUUGAAUGAUUUUCUCACACUAGACUGCGGCAAAAAUUGUCCCAUUAGUUCAGCUUAAAGCGCAAUUAAACUAUUUUGAACAAAUUCUACCUGAGUUAACGUUCGCAGCGAGUGGAAAGGGAUGGAAAAUUAUUUGGUUCGAUCAAUAUUUUAGCAGGUGUUCCUCAAGGGUCAGUAUUGGAUACUCAUUGCUUAUUAAUGAUUUGCCGUCACUUUUAAAGUAGGCAUCACCUAAUCCAUACAUUUACAAACUGUAUAUUUAUUCAGCUGAUAAAAAUGUAAAAGACACAACUUUAAAUUCAAAUCCAGAUGGUAUUUCGCAGUGGUCGCGAAGUAAUCUACUUCCCGUUUACUAAUCAAUUUACUAAUGGUUCUCAAAUAAGCGAAUAAAUAAAGAAAUAAUUAAAUUCAUGCAAUCAAUAACUGUAGAAGUUCUCAAAGAAUAUUGAGAUCAAGUGAGGAAAAUGGAAGAGGUUACUUUUGCUAUUAUGAGAAAUUGAAGUUUGCUAAUAAACUAUGAAAGAAUUAUCUGCUGCUUUAGCAUUGGAGGCGAUUUAAGUAUGCUUCAGAGAUAACACCAAACCAUCUGUAUUUCCGAAUUCCACUUUCCAAAUUCGCUUCGCAUGAAGCUCUAUAAAUACAUCCCAAUGGUGCACCACAUCAGAAAUCAUCGUCGGUGAACUUUCCGAUUUCACCUUCUAACCUUUUCACUGCUUCAUCUCGCUCACCACCAUACUAGGUCAAGAUUCUACCCAAUGAAAACAUUUUUAGCCCCGGUGCCUUGAACAAACAAGCUUUUUAGCAUGCGAAUUUGGUCGUUCACACGAUCUGCCGAGUCAGUCGCGGCGGCGGUAGGUACCCUCAUCACCGGCUGCCAUCCUCCUCGAAGGGAAAUCAAAAACCGAUCUCGUAAUUGACGGGGCGACAUGAACGAUACACCGCUACUCCAUUGCGAUUGCCGACCGUCUGCGUUUAAUUAAAGUCAGCCGACAGGAGUCGUCCUCUUUUGCACAGGUUCGGAUUUCACCCCGUCCGUCCGCCAGAGGCUUCUUCCUCUAGAGCCUCUAGACUCUAGAGGUGCUUGUUUUGUUUGUCAGUCAAAUUUGCACGAAUUUUUAAGCAUCCAUUUCCUGUAGCGCUUCGACACCGGCAAUAAUUGGAGUUAACCGACAUAAUAACGUGGCGCACGUGUGCCGGCAUAAAAUUAUGCCCACCUUCGCUAAACACUUGAACGCGGCGAUGCCGCACACGCUCUUUCACCUCUUAUAGUAAUGGUCAUGACCUCGGUGCUGCUCGACAUUCAUGUGGUGGUCGAGCCGUACUGGUGGAAAAAGUGAAUCCAUUUUGGAGGCUUGUCCGGACCGGUGCGGUGCGGUGGUUGUACGUAUGCAUAUCUAGAUCUAGAGCUGCCUUCUGACCGCUCUGCUUGUGGUGACUUGAAAGUGGCAUUUACGAUGUGAAGCUUUUCAGUGACCGCCAAAGGCGUAAUUGAGGACGAGAAGAGAAGCGACGCGACGCUGCACUGCUCUGCACUGACUGGUUGAUCUUUCGUGAUGCACUCAUUCAGGCUUUAAGCCUGAAGUGGUGGGUCGUCGUAAACUGUCGCGUCGUCACACGUCAGACGGGUGACAUUUACGAAAUUGAGAAGCUUUUAGCAUAAACUAGUGUGGGAUUGCCGUAUCAGGGACAAAUUCUAGAUCAGACAUGCUGUAUGCUGAAUCCCUUUCUCAUACUUCUCAUACUCAUACUCACUCGAAAAAAAAAUUAGAUGGAAGUCCCGGAGGGUCAUGUCUCAUACCAAUUAACUCGGUUUGACGAAUUGAGAUGAUGUCUCAAGUGUCUGCUCAAUAGACACCUGAGGUAAAAUAUAAAAGCUGGUAUGUAAUGGGAACAUAUUUCCAGGAGGAGAGACUACUUUCCUGACCAAGCUUUUUAUAUUCUCUUAGCAAUAAUGGGGAGAUAAUCUACUCAUCAGAUACCCGAGCGGGAAGAUCAUGUAAUAUGGGGUUGGAGACCGCGUCCAACAGUCAACAUGGAAGGCAGAACCUCAUCCCCAACCACUUCCAUUGCCGCCGGAGAGACGUAGGGCUUGUCUCUCCUGGACCACCUAGAAGGAAUUACUUCGUAGAGGGACUAGUGAACACCACAUCUUCAAGGUGAGCUACGUAGCCUUGCAGCAACAAACAACGAUGGCACGCUGUUUUAGAAGGACACCAAGAUAAUGCAUCGGCCAGUUUUCCGGGUGGCCUCACCAAUGCCUUGGUCGUAUGAAGGCGAUCAGGGUCGACACCAGGGUGCAUCCAAGAAUAAAAAAAACUGAUAUCGCGUGACCGCGGUUUAAUUUCCUAAAGCCCAAUGCCCUAUCACUGCUAGACAGAAGGACCGGGGAUCCCUUUCCAUUCACGGCCUCGGACCGAACUCUGUAGACCGAUGCCUCAACAUCAAAGCUACCUAAUUGUUCUCUUCACGGCCACUUAUGCGAUUGAAGGAUAAUGUUUGACCGCAGGACACCGGUACGACUCAGCCAACUUACGUAUGUAUAUGCCUUUGGCUAAAAGACCAGGAUCUGCCACUUUCAAUCCUCUGCUGGGUGACUCCCUCGUCCAAGCAUUUCUGCAUAGCAGAUUCGAACAUCCCGGAAGCCUCUGGAAUAGCUACUUUAAGGACCAGGACCAGUUCUGAACAUUGGACCAGAUUCGGAAGAGUUUCACGAUCUUCCUCUCUAGUAUCUCAGUGGGAGUCAUAACACCUCGUAGCUUAGCCAUCACGACCCUGAAGGCAUCAACUCAUGGGUUUUUGGCACUCUGACACAGGCCUCUUAGCAGGCCUUAUUUCUCGUCGUUAUCUCGAUCUUGUACACGACCUUGGAAUCCAUUAACGCCACCCAUCGCUCAUCCUGCUCCUCAUGUGCUCGUUUCAUCCGUCGCCCAUCCCGUAGGCAGGCGCAGCGCAGGUUCGCAAUAGCUUGAGUCCAACAGAAAACCAAUGAUCUCCCAUUUCUAGGGUGUGCUUUGCUAGACAUCGUGCAUCGCAUGACGCGAAAGCGCCGUUACCAAUUGGUCAGCGCUUAGACUGAAUAAGUUUCGCUAACGGUGAAGCGCCAACCGUAACACCUCGUCGUUGAAGUAUGAUGCCUUCCUUCUGGGAAGGCAUGGCCUGAUCUCGCCAUCCUGGAUCUGACCCCGCUGGUUCGUGAAACGGCUUUUCAAUUACUCUACGCAAGCUUCGAAGUCACCCGCUAUAAGGGGCUGUCCAUAAACCACGUAGACGAAAUUUUGACCAUUUCAGAUUCAACCAGCACCCCCACUCCCCACCCUCCCACCAGACUUUUGUCCAUACAAAAAUUUUAAAAUUGGUAUGUAGCGUAGACUUCCUUGACUGGGUAUUUACCCGCAUGGUCCAUAUCGCUACCAUUUUGGAGCCAUAGAAAACCGGUAAACCGUUAUUGUGACCCAGUUGCCGUUACCGGUGGACACUCGGUUUGGUGCAACAAUGAUGGUGAUAUCCGUCCCCCGGUUGCCAGCAGCUGCUAGGCUGCGUCGCAGUGUCAGUGGUUCAGGUUCAGCUGCGCGACUUGUCAGCUGAGGCUAUCUUGAAGGCUGGUCACCUUGGGCCUUCCGUCUGGCUGCUUUUGCAUUUCCCGGAACACACACGUUGGAAGUUUAGCUCAGUCUAGUCUUGCGCGUCAUGGCUUUCGCCUCCACUCCAGAUGUCGCUGGUAAAUGCUCAUAAAGCACAUCGAUCAACCAACCUUGAACAUUAGACCUGUUCACUUUGAAGCUUUUUUUCUCCGAUUCUCCGUGACACAUCAAAUUAUCAACCCACAUGCAAAAACAAGUCUUCAGUCCAAAAUUGAGUCAAAUUGAUAAAGAUUUAAAGGUGUAUCAAAUCGAUUUUGUGUUUUUUUAGCCGUUUUCACAGAAAUUUACUCAUAAAUCCAGAAAAUUGCUCCGAAAUGGUGCCGAAAAUACAGUUAGGAUAUAGUUCGUACAAUACUCUACAACUUUGCCGAAGAUACUACGGUGUUUAAACUGCUUAUUUCGAAGCUAUUCAAUAAUUUUAGUUGAAAAAUCACGAAAAAACACGAUAUUUUUUCGAUUUUACAUAUAAAAGUCAUGUAAUUUUACAUUAUUUUACGUGACUAAAUUAAUUAGCUAACUAACUAACAUUUCGUCCAUACAUCGUUUUUGUGUAGGAAUUCGUUUUCAAUGACUAAUUAUCAAAAGUAUGUCACGUUGAUACUAAAAAUCGCGUAGAGUUGCCAGCACGAAUUAAAACAAAGUUACCCAUGCCAAAGUUACGUCAUGCCAUCGUACUCUAAUGUCUUUUGAUUCAAGUAUCAGAAAUGGCGCAGAUGAUAAGACUCGAGCCUGCGGAUCACAAGGUCCCAGGUUCAAGCUCAAAUACAUAAUAAACUUUUUUUUCUUUCUUUGUAGCAGUUAGGAUGAUGAAUCUGCCAUGAGCCAUGGCCCAUGACUUAGACGCAAUCUCCCAAAUAAUGAUGAUCGGGACCUGCCAAUUAAGCCCAUUCCAGGACUAGCUAGAUAUUUAGUUUACUUAUUGACAUGAAAUCGUGUCGACGGGAUCAGCUGGACGAAAUAUUGGACAUCUGUUUGAAACCGAUUAAUUUAGCUAAAAGAAUUCAAUUCGUUGAUGGAACUGCUUUUGGAUGCAAAAUUUAUCAUACAACGGUGGAGAUUACUUGCAUCUUUCUAGCCACAAGCUACACAACUACACGAUAAAGGGAAAUUUCAUUCUUACUAUGCACUCUACGGUUUCGAAACAAGGCUAUGAUGCCAAAUUGCAAUGAGAUGCAGAGUGUAGUCUCAUUAACUUGUAGCUGGAUCGAGACGCAAAAAAUCUUAUUCCAGGGCUCGAACCUUGAAUCUUCGAAUCGGCAGUCUCAUGCUCAACCAUCUACACCAAAUUGAAACUGAUACAGAUGCGACAAAUAAAUGUAAUGACGUUUUAAUCAUGGGUAACUUUGUUUAAUUUUGUGCUGGCAACUCUAUGCGAUUUUUAGUAUCAACGUGACAUACUUUUGAUAAUUAGUCAAUGAAAACGAAUUCCUACACUAAAAUGAUGUAUGGACGAAAUGUUCAUAACACAUAGGAGCAAUAGAUAAAUAAAUUAGUCACCUAAAACAAUGUGAAUUUACAUUACUUUUACAUGAAAAACCGUAAAAAUAUUGUAUUUUUUCGCGAUUUUUUAACGAAAAUUGUUGAAUAACUUUGAAAUAAGCAAUUUAAACACCGUAGUGUCUUCGGCAAAGUUGUAGAGUAUUGUUCCAACUAUAUUUUAACGGUGUUUUCUGUACCUUUUCGGUGCAAUUUUCUGGAUAUUGGAGUACAUUUUCGUGAAAAUGCUCGAAAAAACACAAAAUCGAUUUGAUACACCUCUAAACCUUUAUCAAUCUGGCUCAAUUUUGGACUGAAGACUUGGUUUUGCCAACCCCAUGAAACGGCUGUCAUCCACAUACAACUGGAUUGAAGCCAAAAAUAUGGUGCUCGACGUGGUGCUGAUUUGAAUCGGCGGUUGCAUAAGGUUGAAAACACAGUGAUUUUUUUCUGUUGAAGCAGGUGCGACAUUGAAAUUUAAUUGAAUUUAGUGUCGUUUUAAAUGGGCUAAAUGUAUUUUCAUACUUGUACGUCUUGUAAAUUUAACAAAGAACACUAAACCCAUUGAACAAUAUGUGGAAAUGAUCGUUUUUCGAUCACGAAUUUAUCUUCGCGCGACAAAGUUCGCUUCCGCACGUAGCAGAAUUGCCAGCAGACUGAAAUUUCGUAAACAAACCUGUGGCGCCCCACCAAAGGCGGCGGCUUCAAGAACUAACGCUUUCUUCAGGGGGUUGGGUUUUGCAUGUGGAUUGAUAAUUCGAUGUGACACGGGUAGGUCAAAAAAAGUGAACAGGUCUAUUGAACAUUCUUAUUUUUACGAAUGCGUUAGCAUGCGCCAUAAGCAGCCGAGCCAAGACCACCUAUGUCCCUGUUAGGCCUUUCCGCACCCCAGUAUUGACCCCAGUACUCCGCAACGUUGCCACAGUGCCGUUUGGGGGCUGCUCUGCAAUCGUGAUCUCAUCCCAAGUUUUUGCACUGGAGAGUCGAUUGAGUAGUAAUAGCAAUCCUUCGCCUAGGACUUCCUAUCUUUGCGCUCGAUGUCCCGAUCCGUGUGCUUAACAUCUCUUUUCAUCACUUUCAGGACCUUUUAGUACUUAGACUUGUCGGUCUUUUGGGGUAACCAUCCAUCUGGUCUUGAGAGUGCCACAGACUAGUUCCUGUCCUGACGGCUACAUCGCACUAUUUUGCAACUGCUUCAAGUCGCGUCUGGUGUCUUUGUCGGGCUACCCGCGAAUGCGAAGGCCUCAGUCUGGGUUAACUUCGGUACCUUCAGAUUCACCUGUUCUGCCGUUGUUGCCGUGAGUUCAGCAAAGUCUUGCUCAUGUCUGCUUCCGGAGUUUCAGCAAACCCUACUUGAGGUUCUUGCUAAUAUUACUCUUUGAUGAUGCAAAGUCGAUUAUCACGUCCAGCUGUUGCACAGCUAUUAUAAGAGCAAUAAGCUCUACUCUAGUUUUAUUGACAGCCUUCGCCAACCACGGUCGAAGCAUUACUUCUCCAAGCGUGCCAGUCGGGUAUACCUAGCCAAUCUUCUCACGAAUGAGUUCCCCUAACUAAUAGAAGUACAAGUAUAGAACGCUAGAGGUGCGGUUUCCUCAUACUGUUGUUGUGACUGGGAUGUUUCAACCAUAGUAGCCUUGGUUUUCAAAAGAUGUAGUUCAGUGCAGAGAAAAUAGGUAGAGAAGCGAAGCAUGAAAUACCUUAUCGAACCGUCAAACUGGUAUCCUAUCGAGCAAAAUCAACAAACCAUGACGAUUUCCGCAUAAGUAAAGAUGAGUAUUGCAAUCAUUCGAAACACCAAAGUUUCUAAAUAUCAUGGAUAACAGUAUAAAUAAUAUUGAUUCCUAGAAUUAAUGAAUUUUUUUUUGGAAUAUCAGUUUGAUAAUUCUUAGUUAAUAAAAAAAAUCAACAUAAUUAAUUUUCCGAUGGAGUACACGAGAUAGGCACUACCUUCGAUAGGUGGAUUUAUCUGCUUUGCGGCAGUUGCCAACAUCCGAGCGAUGAUAUCAUAACAGAAAAAGUGUUGCCGUCCAGGCGGCUGUUCACUUUUCGCUUCUCUGGUUCAGUGGUACUUGAAGUAUCA